CUAUGAUACGUUUUGUACAUAUAAUUUAUAUACUUUAAACCGCCACAGCUGUCCGUCGAGAGCGGUCCGUGCACGCGAGUCUGUCGGCUUGCCAAAUUUUUCAAGCGCGCUUGCGAGCCAGAAAAAAAUUUUUACAACGAUCGAAGUGGUCGAUUGACGAUUGCGAUACAAAAUUUUACGGCAAUAAAUAACAUAAAUCGUGAUUGUAACGGUAACGCAUUCAUCAUAUUAUUACAAUAAGGUACCUAUUGCAUUUUGUCGUUUUUCACAUUUCUGAUUAUACUUGCGCGCGCAUUUCAAUAGACAUUAAUAGUUAUAAAUAUUGUUUGCGAAAUCGUCACCGCAGAAAAUUGACGGGAAAAUUGCGCGGGGAUUUCGAAUUCAGUGCGUCGUCGUCCGCUGUCGGGAUUUGCUCGGAACCGCUUUCGUUAAGUUUUAUUACGCGCCAGCCGAAGAUCGCCGCGACUGUAUAUCCUCUCGAUCGCCAAAUAUAAUACAGACAGUAGUUUUGCGAUGGAUUUUUCUAACAAAAUUGGAAAUGACAGUACACCACUUUCUGACGAAGUCUUAGAAGUUCUCGAGUCUCAAUUUAAUAAAGUCAAAACGCUUCAUUCUACCGAUUUAGAGAUUAUUGCAGCUGAGCUGGGUGUCAGAGAUUAUGAUGUUAAGAUGUGGUAUACAAAUCGUUUGGCGGCAUGGAGAAGGAGCCAAGGACUUUCAGAUUGUUUUGGGCAACUGUGAAUUUAAAAACACACCAAAUAUAAAUUAUAAUUACUAUAUUGUUUAAGUCGAAGUUUGUUAUGCAUAUAUAUGAUAUAUUAUAAUAGUGAUUUUACGAUUUAUAUUAUGAAAUUCGGUAAAGUUAC